AGCCAACACAGGAUCCGUUGUGUACAUAAGGUGACGUGGAACAGGCGAACGAUAAUGUGAAUUUAGUGCACCAUAGUUGAAAUUAACACCAUUAGCUAGCUAGUUUAUUCAGACAUCCAACGCAGUACACAUUUAAAAAAAAUAUUUAACUAUGUGCUGCUGCUGUUAGGUGAGUUGAUAUUGAGAUAUAAAGCGAGAAAACAGUGCUAGCUCGACAGCUGUCAGGCUUAGCGAGGUGGUCGUGUCAGCACUGCUAACAUAGCUGACUGGCUCGCAUUGCGGAUACAACACAACAGAACCUCCUGCGACAAACAGGUUUUGCAUGUGGUGGUCAUCUUUCCAGAGUUACCAUGGCGAGUCCAGAUGAUCUGAAGUUCCAAGAGUUUGAGGAGGCCACUGACCUAUUGUUAGCAGACCCUGGGGCCUCCACCCUCAGUAUGUCUGGCUCCAGCAGUACGGCCCCGGCCGGUGCCACUGGGGACAUCAAACUGGACAUGUCCGAUGAUGAGGGACAGGAGGAGAGUUCAGAGCUCCUAAGAGGGGAGAAACAAACUAGCGGUUUCUGGACCUUUGAGUACUACCAGUCGUUCUUCAAUGUGGAUACAAUGCAGGUGCUGGACAGGGUCAAGGGAUCGGUGAUGCCUUUACCAGGGCGGAACUUCAUCAAACACACCCUCCAGUCGAGUCCAGAUUUGUAUGGUCCCUUCUGGAUCUGCGUGACGCUGGUGUUCUCUCUGGCCAUCAGUGGAAACCUGUCCACCUUCCUGAACUCUCUGGGGAGCCCCCAUUACCACUACAGACCCCAGUUCCACAGAGUGACGAUAGCUGCAGUAGUGAUCUUCCUGUAUGCCUGGCUGGUGCCCCUGGGUGUAUGGGUUUUCCUGACCUGGAGGCAGAGGGAGGAGAGGCAGCAGAGUGGUUACUCCUUCCUGGAGACAGUGUGUGUCUACGGCUACUCCCUCUUCAUCUACAUCCCCACCUCAGUGUUGUGGAUCUUACCAUUCGAAUGGCUCCGAUGGCUCCUCAUCCUGGUCGCCAUGGUGAUCUCUGGGUCGGUCCUGGUGCUCACCUUCUGGCCUGUCGUUCGCGAUGACACCAAGGUGACUGCUUUUGCCACGGUGGCAACAAUCGUCGUUCUCCAUGCACUGCUAUCAAUUGGCUGCAAGAUGUAUUUCUUCCAGACAGCGACUCUCACACCAGUUCCUACACUCGCACCCAACCACACAGCAGCAAUAUUGACCAACAAGACCCACUGACCAAGAGGAACCAGAGGGAGGGAGAUGUGUCAAUGUUUGAGACCACUGGGGAAUCUGAAAGGACUAGAUAAAAGGUUGUUUUUGUUACCUACUCUGAGCAUUGGAAAAGUAGCUAGCUGGCUAACCACCAAACGGAUGAUAGUUAAUGGCGAAAUUGCUAACUACAUUGUUGUCGUGUGAGUCGAGAGGGAAUGUUGGAUGAAAUCAGUUUGACACCUGUGUGGACGUUGUUUUUAGCUGUGGGUCACACAUUAUCCAGUCCUUUCAGAUCAGAGAAGGGGACGUAGCUCCUGCAUACUCCGAUGCUCUAACCAAUUAUAAGGAUCCACAGAGGACUGACAAGUGGUCAAAGGUACCCAUAACGUUGUGGAGGUUCUACUCUAUUACAUUAUGGACUUAACUGGAUCAGCAGCCCAUUAAAAGUACUGUGUAAUUGACUACAUAUGUUAUUAAAAAGAGAAGGGACAAGGAUCUAGGUCUAUGAGUAAACAAAUUAUGGGUUAUGAGGAUUGCAUUGGGGGGAAAUGUCUUGCUUAUGCUGCAGAAAUGAUUCCGCUAGCCUCCCGGGUGGCGCAGUGGUUAAGGGCGCUGUACCAUCAGACUCUUGGUUCGCGCCCAGACUCUGUCGUAACCGGCUGCGACCGGGAGGUCCGUGGGGCAACGCACAAUUGGCCUAGCGUCGUCCGGGUUAGGGAGGGCUUGGCCGGUAGGCAUGUCCUUGUCUCAUCGCGCACCAGCGACUCCUGU